AUUUAAUUGGGUGUCAAGUAAAAGGUUGAUAUAGUACAGUUAUGAUUGGCUUAUUCUAAGUUUUUAAAUUAUUACCAACGCAGUUUGCACAGCUCUCAGAGAAAAUGAUUUUCAAGCUUUUCUUAGUUAUUUUUUGUACUCUCUUUUGGAAGAGCUUAGGGCAGCAUGAUACAGAAGAUAUGUUGGCUUUUUGUCCAGCUGGAUUUCGUCCACAAGGUGACCAAUGUUUUCGAGAGAUAGGUCGCGGCAAUAGGGAUACAGCUAGGAACAAAUGUAGAGCUCUAGACGCCAUUGUACCGGAAAUUCACACGUGGGAACAGCAAACAAAUUUAGAGAUAUUUAUGAAAGAAGAAAAAAUUAACAACCCAGUUUGGCUCAAUGGCGAGUUAUCAGAAACUAGUCACAGAGAAGGUUCGAUUAAAUUUUACUGGCCUUCCCGCUUUUUUCCUAGACUUUCGAACUUUAAAGAAAUGCCUCUGAAACUUUUUGACCCAAUUGGAGAUUGUGUGUACAUUUCUCCGAGAGAAAACUUCUUUUGGAAACAAGCGUCUUGCAAAAAUAGUAUUCAAAUAAUAUGUGUUAAUAGUUUAAGGAAAAUUGCUAGCAUGUAUCGUAAACGAGGCUGAAAACUGGGUCAUUCUCACUGUACGAAAAUAGCCAAUGAAUCAUUUGUUGAUCUCAAUUAUAAGUGCUGUAUGUAGGCCUAAUCAUAUUCGACAAUAAAUCUAUUGCCAUUUAA